AUGGGCUGCGCUCCCAGCAUCCACGUCUCUCAGAGCGGGGUGAUCUACUGCCGGGACUCGGACGAGUCCAACUCUCCGCACCAGACCACCACCAUCUCCCAGGGCACCACGCUGCACGGGCUCUUCGUCAAGACCGAUGCGGCCGAGAGCAUCCCCCCCCCCUCCGUCGCCUCCUACCAGAACCGCCACUCGCGCAGCAGCUCCUGCAGGGAGCACCGGGAGAACAGCGGGGGGGGGCACGUCCACAUCGAGGCCGAGACGCAGACCAGCCGCCCGGGCGUCAAGGUUUCAGCUACAGAGGAAUGUGUGGGACCUAUGAGACUGACCCAAGAGCCAAUUCAGGUCCUGCUGGUGUUCACCAAGGAGGACAGCCAAAGCGAUGCCUUCUGGUGGGCCUGCGACCGCGCCGGGUUCAGAUGCAACAUCGCAAGGACGCCAGAGUCUGCCGUCGAGUGUUUCCUGGACAAGCACCAUGAGAUUAUAGUCAUCGAUGGACGCCACUCACGCUACUUUGAGCCUGAAGCUGUCUGCCGGUUGAUUCGUGCCACAAAGCCCUCAGAAAACACAGUUAUUCUCGCCGUCGUGCCACAAAAACCGCCUGACCAGGAGGAGCCAUCUGUUCUUCCUCUCCUCUGCGCUGGAUUUAGCAGAAGGUUUGUGGAGAACAGCAGUGUGUCAGCCUGCUACAAUGAGCUCAUACAGAUGGAGCAUGGAGAGGUGCGCUGCCAGUUCAAACUCAGGGCUUGUAACUCGGUCUUCACUGCUUUGGAGCAUUGUCAAGAGGCUGUGGAGAUCACCAAUGAGGACCACAUCAUACAGUAUGUGAACCCAGCUUUUGAGCGGAUGAUGGGCUACCACAAGGGGGAGCUGAUCGGGAAAGAACUGACCGAACUCCCCAAGAGUGACAAGAACAGAGCCGACUUGCUGGAAACCAUCAACACCUGCAUCAAAAAAGGAAAGGAAUGGCAAGGUAUUUACUAUGCCAAAAAGAAAUCAGGCGACAGUAUACAACAGCAUGUGAAGAUAACACCCGUCAUUGGCCAAGGAGGCAAAAUCCGACAUUUCGUAGCCAUAAAAAGACCUCACGUAGACAACAACAAUCAGAUCCACAAGUUCAACAAGGAGGAGAGAUGCAGUGGGGAACAUUCUCAGUCAGAGUGCCAUUCUCUACGUCACCGGGACCGAAGGAAAGAUUCAAUUGAUGCCAGGUCGCUCAGCUCCCGCGGCAGUGACGCUCCCAGUUUACAGAAUCGAAGAUAUUCCUCCGUCGCCAGGAUUCACUCUAUGACCAUCGAGGCUCCCAUCACCAAGGUAAUAAACAUCAUCAAUGCAGCGCAGGAGAGCAGUCCGGUGACAGUAGCCGAGGCUCUGGAUCGCGUGUUGGAGAUCCUGAGGACCACCGAGCUCUACUCCCCUCAGCUCGCCUCCAAAGAGGAUGACCCCCACACCAACGACCUGGUUGGGGGGCUCAUGAGUGACGGGCUGCGAAGACUUUCCGGAAAUGAAUAUGUCUUCAGCAAAAGUAUCCAUAUGAGCCAGAGCCAGCUGGCCUUACCAGUCACUCUGAAUGACGUGCCUCCCCCCAUCGCCGAGAUGCUGAAUGAUGAGGAGUGCUGGGAGUUCAACAUCCUGGAGCUGGAGGCAGCUACGCACAAAAGGCCGCUGACCUUCCUCGGCCUGAAGAUCUUCACGAGCUUCGGAGUGUGCGAGUUCCUGAACUGCUCCGAGGCCACGCUCCGCUCCUGGCUGCAGCUCAUUGAGGGCAGCUACCACUCCUCCAACUCGUACCACAACUCCACGCACGCCGCAGACGUGCUGCACGCUACUGCCUACUUCCUUCGCAAGGAGAGAGUCAAGAGCAGUCUGGACCAGCUGGAUGAGGUGGCGGCGUUGAUAGCAGCCACAGUGCACGACGUGGACCACCCGGGUCGGACCAACUCCUUCCUGUGUAACGCCGGCAGUGAACUGGCCAUCCUCUACAACGACACCGCCGUGCUGGAGAGCCACCACGCAGCCCUGGCCUUCCAGCUCACUGUCCGGGACAGCAAGAGCAACAUCUUUAAGAACAUCGACAGGAAUCAGUUCCGGACACUGCGGCAGGCCAUCAUUGACAUGGUGCUGGCCACAGAGAUGACGAGGCACUUUGAGCAUGUCAGCAAGUUCGUCAACAGCAUCAACAAGCCAAUGGCUGCAAUAGAAGAGACCAGCACAAGUAGCAUGAACAGUGACUGUGAGGGUCAGGCGAACAUCAGGAACUCUCCGGAGAACCGUCUGCUGAUAAAGAGGAUGUUGAUCAAAUGUGCGGAUGUGGCCAACCCCUGCAGGCCGCUCCAGCUCUGCAUCGAAUGGGCAGGACGGAUCUCUGAGGAGUACUUUGCACAGACAGAUGAGGAGAAGAGACAAGGGCUGCCAGUGGUGAUGCCGGUGUUUGACAGGAACACCUGCAGCGUGCCCAAAUCCCAGAUCUCCUUUAUGGACUACUUCAUCACUGAUAUGUUCGACGCCUGGGAUGCCUUUGCCAGCCUGCCUGGUCUCAUGGAGCACCUGUCAGAAAACUACAAGUACUGGAAGGGCUUGGACGAGAUGAAAUGCAAGAGCCUGCGCCCUCCCCCUCCUUCUUGA